AUGGGAGGUGACUUUGCCGGCGCUGCUUACCGGAGCUCUGCCAGGCGACACCGGGAGCUCUGCCAGGUGACACCGCCACCCUCCGACUGGUUCUUUAAAGAACUUGAAGCAAGACAUCAGAACAACAUCUUCAUUGAUGAUAUUAGCGAUAUAGUUGAAAAGCACACUUCUUCAACGUUCGAUCCCUACGUCAAAUACUGCACCAACGAAGUCUAUCAGCAGCGAACGCUGCAGAAAUUACUAGCCACAAAUCCAGCAUUUAAGGAGGUGUUGUCACGAAUCGAGUCCCAUGAAGACUGCCGGAAUUUACCAAUGAUCUCUUUCCUCAUUCUUCCCAUGCAGAGGGUUACUCGUCUUCCCUUACUGAUGGAUACUAUUUGUCAGAAAACUCCUAAGGAUUCAUCAAAAUAUGAGAACUGCAAGCAAGCUCUGAAAGAAGUGAGCAAGCUGGUGCGUUUGUGCAACGAAGGUGCUCGGAAAAUGGAGAGGACAGAAAUGAUGUACACCAUUAACUCCCAACUGGAAUUUAAAAUCAAGCCAUUUCCAUUGGUUUCCUCUUCGCGAUGGUUAGUGAAAAGGGGCGAAUUAACGGCGUAUGUAGAAGACACUGGACUUUUUUCUAAAAGAACUUCUAAACAGCAGGUGUACUUCUUCCUCUUCAAUGACGUCCUCAUUAUCACCAAGAAGAAGAGUGAAGAGAGUUACAACGUCACCGAUUACUCGCUAAGGGACCAGCUGGUGGUACAGCAGUGUGACGGGGAGGACCUGCCCUCUUCUCCUGUAAAGAACGCUUCAACUAUGCUCUACUCGCGGCAGAGCUCGGCAGCUCACCUCUUCAGGCUGGCGGUGCUCAGCAACCACGCCGGCGAGAAGGUGGAGAUGCUCCUGGGAACAGAGACUCAGAGCGACAGAGCUCGCUGGAUCACGGCGCUCAGGCAGGACAGCGACGGGCAGGACACGGACAGGACAACUUUGACUCAGGUAGAGAUCAUCAGAACUUACACGGCAAAGCAGUCGGAUGAACUCUCUCUUCAAGUCGCUGAUGUUGUUUUGGUGUAUCAGAAAGUAAAUGACGGUUGGUAUGAAGGGGAACGCCUGCGGGAUGGUGAAAGAGGCUGGUUUCCCAUGGAGUGUGCUAAAGAAAUCACGUGUCGUGCCACGAUUGACAAGAACAUGGAGCGGAUGGGACGCUUGCUCGGCCUGGAAACCAACGUGUAG